AUGGCAUCGUCGUCUCAUCAAGCUACUAUGAAUAUUAAACUUGGAAAGGAUUACCAUGUUAAACCCAAAACUAUAAAGAUUUUCCAAGAAGAUUUGAAGCUGAUUAUGGAACAAAUUUUUUCUUUUGAGUCUUCUAGAGCUAAUGGGUAUCCUCUACAUCAAUAUUUUGAAGAUCAAGGUUGGAUGAAAUUUUUUGAUAUGCUGAAUGGUCCAACCUUCCCUUACUUGGUUAUAUAUUUUUGGGUUAGGGUUGAGCUCUAUGAUGAAGGUCCUGCUGCUCUUGAAAAGAUUGUACACCACAAGGAUGUUCAGAAGGAGGUUCAAGAAGUGGCCUCCACAACUGCCUUGAAGCCUACCAAGACAAGAAGUGGAACCACUCCUUAG